UUGACUUGUUGUGUCAAUAACUCGAACCAAACUAUUGUGCAUCGUCACCCGGGUGAUAUUCAUAUAUAUUAUACCUAGGAUUCUCGGUUGAAAUAUUAUGGCUGUUCUAUUAAUUAAGACAUCGAAAUUUAAACAAGGUCUCCCGGCUGGGUUCAGUUGGAAUCAAGCUUCACAACGUAUCACCGUUGAUCAGUCGUAUAAUCUCGUCUCAGAUCACAAGGAAUUUGCCGGGCAGCCGCGUUCAUUUGAAGUUAAUAACGUUAACGACAUUGAAAUGAUCAGAGACCAAAUUUUGAGCAAACCUUUGAUAACUGUAGCCCAAUGUAGCAAGCAGUACAAGGAAUAUCGCGGCACACGAGAUUCUGAGGGUAAUCGUGAAGUCGAAUAUCAUACUAUGACAGAUGAAUUUGUCGUGGUUCUGAAUACGUCUCACCCUGAAGUCAGACGGGUUCUGGAUGAAGCAUUCGAAAAAGCAAAACAACUCAUGUCAGAAAAUGCUAAGUUCGUGUUGGUUUUUGACCUUGAUGACUCAACAAAGACAUGGUAUGGGCAGGUUCAACAUGCAAAUAGUGAUGGCAAGACUGCCCAAUCAGUUGGUGCAGGUUUUUAUAUAACUCACAAUGCUUCUCCAGAGGCAAGCUGUGCUCAAGCAUUCUUUGGUUGUGAGCAACCCGUCCAGAAAAUGCUCUGGUGCGUGUGUUUUCCAUGUUGCCUGAUAACUGGUGUACCAUACCAUGUGUGUCGUUCAUGCGUCCAGAACAUCAAAGAUGUAAAAAUUCCAGCUCGAUUCCAUACUCAAGAGUACAAUAAUGUCUGUCCUCCAGGGGUUAACCUGUUGAGCCUUUUUCAAAGCCAACAGCAAGUUGUGACAACAGUAGUUUCACAGUAUCCCAGCCAACAGCAAUAUGCCCCACCACAGCAAUAUGCCCCACCACAGCAAUAUGCCCCACCAUCUUAUGGUCAACCAGUGGUUCAACCUGGUUAUAAUCAAGUGCCAAUGCAACAAUAUCCACAGUUUCCUCAGCAGAACUAUCAGCAACAAGCACCCUACCCACAAGCACAGUACCCUCAACAAAAUUAACAACAACAGGGACCCUAUCCACAACCAACUCCUCAUAAUUUUUAAAAUCCUGCCCAGCAAUAUCUCACAAACUAAAAUUAGCCUAGAUUUUCAAAAUACACCUUUUCAUAUAUAAUUUGGUUGCAAUAUUAAUCCAUUAACAAUAGCAUGAGGUUUUAUUUAUAUAUCUUUCAAUUCCCUUCUCAAUUGAUCAAAGAAACUAUUUGUCAGAAUAAUUCUCUCCAGAGAAUUGCAGUCAUUGUCUAUUGAGUGGUAUUUCUACUUUGUUUUAUAAUGCUAAUGAUAUUAUUAUACUUUCUGUGUAGCUGUGUUAAAAUACUUGUUUUAAAUGUAGUUAACUAUUAGGGGCACUUCUUGAGACAGGUGUGAAUACCAACAAGGUUCUCAAGGAUUACGAAGGGUGGGUUAUGUGUGCUAGUUGUUUGGAAGUAUUUAAGAUAAUAUUGGUGCAAUUUUUUGCUGCUGACGAAGAAUAUAAACAUAUAAACGUGAAUGUUUGACAAUGAUUUUGUGUCUAAUGCAAUUUGCCUCGAAAAAAAAGACAACAGAUGCCUGGAAAACAUUUUAUCAUUGUUGUGCAUUUUUUCCUAUUUGUUUUAGAAACCUGUGGAUCGCCACUUGUUUCUUCCCCUCUCAAAACUACAGAUUUCAGGAUUUAAAGUACUGUAGCAAUUAGGUAAAAUACACGCGCUAAUAAGUAUUUUAUUAUAGUAUUGUACAAUAUA